GUCUAAACGGUAUCGUUUUGGGUCUGCGUCUUUUUCUUGUUAACAAAGCCAGAGCUAAGAUCCGAAGUUUCUUUGACAUCAAAAACACAAACCCGAAAAGCUUCUUCUGCCAUUUUUACAUUCUUCUAGCCCUAGCUCAAAGCUUCUCUCUCAAAUCCACCAUGACUAAGCAGCACGCGAACUGGUCUCCUUACGAUAACAAUGGAGGAACAUGUGUGGCCAUCGCUGGAUCGGAUUACUGUGUUAUCGCCGCCGAUACUCGGAUGUCUACUGGUUACAGUAUUCUUAGCCGCGAUUACUCAAAAAUCCAUAAACUAGCAGACAGAGCUGUGUUGUCUUCCUCUGGCUUUCAGGCUGAUGUGAAAGCAUUGCAGAAGGUUCUCAAAUCCAGACACUUGAUCUAUCAGCAUCAGCAUAACAAGCAGAUGAGCUGGCUUGACGAGGAAGGAAAAGGGUGUGUCUUUACCUACGACGCUGUUGGAUCAUAUGAGAGAGUUGGAUAUGGUGCUCAAGGUUCUGGUUCCACGCUCAUCAUGCCUUUCCUUGACAACCAGCUCAAGUCUCCAAGUCCACUUCUGCUACCUAAACAGGAUUCGAACACACCCCUUUCAGAAGCUGAAGCAGUUGACUUGGUUAAAACUGUUUUCGCAUCUGCCACAGAGAGGGAUAUCUACACUGGAGACAAGCUUGAGAUUAUGAUACUUAAGGCAGACGGUAUCAAGACCGAACUCAUGGACCUGAGGAAAGACUGAGCUUCUUUUGUGCAUUUAGCCAACCAUAUGGGUUUGUUUUUUCACUUCAACAUUAAGCUUCCUGAGUUGUAGAACUCGUAUGAACUGCUACUGGGUUUGAUACUUUACAAUUAAAAUCAUGACUCAUGU